UUACGUGUUGCCAUGGCCGCGUGACAAGGGGAUGUUGGACUGCGUGGCAGGACUGGAGGUUGAGCCGGUGCGCAUGGGCACGCGCCACGAGAUGACCGCGGAGGAGAUUGCAGAGCAGGUUGCGCUUAAUAUUACGCGCGAUCCCAUCAGUUCUUCCGCACCGCCAUCCGCUGAUGCCGUUUUCGAGAGACGUGCUUGCAUUUUCCGUUUGUACCCCAGGGACGAUGACUCGGAUGAGGAGCCUACACUCGGGGGAGUAGAUGACCCUGCGCUGCCCAUCCCCAACAAGAUCGUCCCUGGGGACGUCAAUGACGCCGAGGUGAGGACAUACACAGCACGACGGGCAGCUGACCGGGCAGAGAGGGAGAUGCAGGUGGGGGACGAGGAUUUAUGGGGCCCUUUCGGGGAGGUGGCUUCUACGGGUGAUGCGGAGACGGAGGAGUUCGCAUCCUCCUUGCCUCCUCACGGGCUUCUCCAGAGAUCGACAGUGGUUCGACAAUUGAGGUUACAAUCACCUUCCUCGAGGGUAUUGCAGGAGGAGGGGGUUGUGGCAGCAGCGGCGCAGGAGGCACCAGCAAUCUGGACAACGGGGGAGGAGGUGCCAGCAUAUGCGACGGUUGAGGAGGAGGUAGCGGCAGCGGCGCCGCAGGAGGCCGUUCCUAUGGAUCAUGACGGUGCGGACACCGAUGAGCAGCUCGUGAGGCGCUUCAUCACGGAGGAGGUCGAUCCAGUCAUGGGGGGUUUGACCCCGGGGGCGGCGAUGGAGCUGGGGAUUUUUGCUCCCACAGGGGGGGCGGGGUUAGAGAUGGGGACGCACUUCGACUUUGACUUGUCGACAGGCGCUCCACCUACUUGCAGCGGGGCGACAUCGACGGAUCGGGCGCCAUCACGAGACGACGCAGCAGACGCGAUGGGGAUGCAGAACCCGAGAGAGGGGAUGCAGGCGGAAUCUCCAGAUACAACAUGCGAAAUCAUAGAGCGAGAGAGGGCUCGACUUAUGGCAAUCGAUUCAACAGACGUGUGUGACACAACAUUAUUCGGGAGGACAGACAUAGAUUUGGAUUCCACCCGCCAUGUCACGGAGCACACUGCACGCCUUCAGCCAGCCUUGGGACCCCGCGGCACCAGGACGACCACAGCGAGGGAGGUACCAACAUCAGGUUGUGAGCCUCAACGAGGUCGCGGUAGAGGAGUGUCCAUCGAGACCUUGGAGUACGCUCUGAGAGCAGCGACGCGUGCCGUGCAUGAGCAGACUCCAUGCAAGCGUGGAGUGCCUCCUCGUCCACGCCCUGUGGCUGCAGAGGGAGGCGCUGCGCUUGGAGAAAUUUCGGGAGCGGAGGGGUUGGGGAUGCCUCCUGGAUCCCGCUGUGAGCAGACGGUCGCAGAGGCUUGUGCAAGGGUUGUUGUGUUGAGGAAGGGAGGAGGCCCUGUCACCAUCGAGGAGGAGGAUCCUGAGACGGAUGCGGCAGUGCGGGAGGAGGACAAGGACUAUGAGGGCGAGGAGGAGGGUGAGGAGGAGAGCGAGAGCGGUUCCGGUGGUGACGACGACUAUGACGAUGAUGGGCCCCCACCUCCCCCGUCGACACGUGCAUCUAGACGCUCCGCUGUGCAGACUUCUUCAUCCGCACGAGGGAGGAGGAGGUCGACAUCCGACACUCGAGGGGGUACGAUGAGACAGAGUGGGAAGGGGAAGAAGGGUCGUUGACCGUGAGGCCAACACUCCUCUUUUCCCCUUCUCGCACUGUACUUCAUCAUGUUGUGCGGUCCUGCUUUUUUUUGUCG